AUUGAUACCUCUUACUACCUCUCUCACUCCGUCCUACCAUUUUAUUUCCUCCUGUCUACCCCCCUAGCUCUCGCUCUCUCCUUUUCUCUCUCUAUCAGAAUUCCUCCCUACCUGUCUGAACAGGGAGCAGUAGAGGGCUGCAGGACAGAGGAGAGCGAGAAAGAGGAGAAAGAAAGGGAGAGGAGGAGAGUAGGAGGAACAAAGACAUAGUGAGGGAGAACAGGAAAGAGGUGUGUGUAUUGAGAAAAGUGUGGACUGACAGAGAGGUAGAGAGGAGUAGAGGGGUGCAUAAGAGAAGCGUUGUGAGGAGGUUGCUCUGUUUUUGUCCUUUGGAAAACCUUUUCCCUGUUGGUGUCGUGUUGGCUUGGUAUGGAUGCUAUCAUGCUGCAGGAGAAACUAGUGGAACGCUUGCUGUGCCCUCGAGUCAGAACCGCCAGGCAGAAGGAGAAGCAGUAUGUGGGUUUUGCCACCCUCCCUAACCAGGUGCACAGGAAGUCAGUGAAAAAGGGAUUUGACUUCACCCUCAUGGUCGCCGGGGAGUCUGGUAUGGGUAAAUCUACUCUGGUCAACAGCCUGUUCCUCACAGACCUGUACAAGGACAGGAAACUACUCAACGCUGAGGAGCGUAUCAACCAGACAGUGGAGAUCAUUAAGCAUACAGUGGACAUUGAGGAGAAAGGAGUGAAGCUCAAACUGACCAUUGUAGACACACCAGGGUUUGGAGACGCUGUUAACAACAGUGAAUGCUGGAAGCCGAUCACAGACUACAUCGACCAGCAGUUUGAGCAGUACUUCAGAGAUGAGAGUGGACUGAACAGGAAGAAUAUCCAGGACAACAGAGUCCACUGCUGCCUCUACUUCAUACCUCCGUUCGGACACGGACUGCGUCCAGUAGAUGUUGAGUUUAUGAAGGCUCUCCAUGAGAAGGUGAAUGUGGUUCCUCUCAUUGCCAAGGCUGACUGUCUCACUCCCAAUGAGAUCAAUAAAGUCAAAGACAGGGUCCGUGAGGAGAUUGAGAGGUUUGGCAUUAAGGUGUACCAGUUCCCAGAGUGUGACUCUGAUGAGGACGAGGAGUUCAAACAACUGGACAAAGAACUGAAGGAGUGCUGUCCGUUUGCAGUGAUUGGUAGUAACACAGUGGUUGAGGCCAGGGGCCAGAAAGUGAGAGGGAGGCUCUACCCAUGGGGCAUUGUGGAAGUGGAGAACCAGUCUCACUGUGACUUUGUGAAGCUGAGGAACAUGUUGAUUCGCUCCCACAUGCACGACCUCAAAGACGUGACCUGUGACGUGCACUAUGAAAACUACAGAGCCCAGUGUAUACAGGACAUGACCAGUAAACUGACACAGGACAACCGCAUGGAAAGCCCGAUCCCCACCCUGCCCCUAUCCACCCCAGACAUGGAGACAGAUAGACUCAUCAAGAUGAAAGAUGAAGAGUUGGCGAGGAUGCAGGAGAUGCUGAAUAAGAUGCAGCAGCAGAUCCAUGAGGGGAAGGACCAGUGAGCCCCUCCCCAGCAGCCUCAGGCUUCAGCCCCAUCUGCUGACCACUGAACUACAACCACAACUUCAGACAUGUUACUUACAUACCAACAUGUUACCUAAUAUAAUCAGGGGUGAUAGUAUAUUUAAUUUCUUAAAGGUAUGGGGACCUCCUAUGUGUAUUUUUUUAUGGGCCUAAUCAUAGAAUUACAUAUAGAAUCCCUUUUAAUUUAAUAGGAUCUCUGUGGACCUCAUAGUAAAGAUCACUUUUAACUUUGAAAAUGUAUUAGCCUACCUUAUAAUGUAUCAUAAACACAACCAGUCAUAAUGUUUUCAUCUGAUUGUCAAACAAUUACUCCAAAAGGCUACUUUAGGCUUCCUGCGAACGUUAUUCUACUCUAAAAGAAUUCCCGCAUCCGUGCACUGUGCACCUGCCAUUUCAUAAAUGCUAAGAGACAUCAGUUACAAAACACCAAAAAGUGCAAUGAAUGACAUUCUGUGAUGGUCAUUCAUUAGGCCUACACAAGUCUUGUAACCUGAAUUGAUGCGUCCACUGCUGUCCACAUGCGUCUCGGUCUCGGCCACUUAUCUCUGCCUUGGCAAAUUUUCAGUGUUAUUGUCAAACCACACUGCAUUUUGGAGCGUAGUCCAAUUUUUUUCUGUUCACUCAUUUUUCAUGCGUCUAACAUGCGGUAAUGAUAAAUAAUAGUGUACAAGCCUACAGUUUUCCUAGAAUCAGUAUGUUUUAAUUAUUGCGAUAGGCUCAUGUUUUACCGGUACAGUGUACCCCCACUAUUUAUUUUGUCGGUACUCCAUACAGGACCGACUUACUUUCAACCCUGGAUAUAAUCAGCGUUGUGUUGAGGGGAAAACAGUAGCUGUAUAUUCAUUGGACAUUUGUUUUUUGGUGCUUGCAUAUUUGGUCUGUCCUGCAAGGAGAAAUGUGGUAUUUUUUACUGUAUCUUGUGUCCAUUUAAACCCCAUUAAUAUUAUUGACGGUCCUAAUAACAUAUGACGUAAU